CAUUCUUCUACUUCAAACACCACAUCCUUCUUCUUCCUAAAGCUCUCAACUUUCUUUAAAUUUCUUCAAGAAAAUCACUAAAAUGGCCAUUAGAAAACCAAACAAGCAGUCCCAAGCUGCAAUCUUGAAGCAAAUUUUGAAAAGGUGUUCGAGUUUGGGUAAAAAAAACACCUAUGAUGACGAAGAACACCUUCCAGUUGACGUGCCCAAAGGACAUUUUGCAGUUUACGUAGGAGAAAAUCGAACUCGAUACAUCGUACCUAUUUCAUUUUUGACUCAUCCAGAGUUUCAAUGUCUCCUUAGACAAGCUGAGGAGGAAUUUGGGUUCGACCAUGACAUGGGAAUUACUAUUCCAUGUGAAGAAGUUGUUUUCCAGUCACUAUAUUCCAUGCUUCGUUAGAGAAAUUAUAAGAGUGAAUAUUAGUUGUAAGAUUUUAGUGGGAAUUAAGAAGGAUGGAUUAGCUCAAGAUGAAGCAAAAUUUGGUGUAUUUUGCUUCUCUUUUUUCUAACAUCCAUUAAUUAAUUUUUUCUC